AUGUCCAUUAUCCCGAAGCACUUUGGACUAAAAUACAAAGAAGAAUCGUAUAUGCUUAAAGAACUUGAGAAGGUUCGCAAGGAUACUAAAACUGAAUUUCUCCGAUUCAAGCAGAGAUUGGCCUACAAGCCGACGGUAGGGAAAGGGCUGGUCCCUGGCUCCCAGGAUCUCUGCGCGAGCAGCUCUGGGGAGAGGAGGCGCAUCUCCAGCUUUGGUUCCCAGAAGCCACUUUGGUUCCCUCAGGCUAAAGGCCCUGCGACUCCCACUGCGGCCUUCCAGCCCGGGGCGCCCCUGGGCUCAGCGCGCCCUCCGGGCCCGAGCGAGGCUGUCAGCCCCGGGAGGACCCGGAAAUUUCGCCCCCGGGACUUCUACUUGAGGAGCUCGGCGUUCCUCCGGCACCGGCUCCUGAAGAAGCCUCCGGUCAUCGCCCCGGGGGCCGGCACGUCAAGGCCAGCCAUCCUGCUGCCGCCGCCCGUGCCGCCGCUGAAGCCCAAGGUGCGCCAGGUCCCGGAGACCGCCAGGCCCGUCCUGGACCAGAUCAGGGAGCGCGACGCGACCCAGGGGCCAGCUCCACUCGCUGAGGUCUGCAAGGCCAAAGAGCAGUUGGCCAGCUCUACGUCCAGCGAGAGCAGCGACGCCGAGCGGUUAAGCCGGCGGAGGAGAGUGAGGAUUCGUUCCCACCUCUUGAAUGAGGGCUCGAUCUGCGAGAUGCGGGAGGUGGCCGGGUCCGAAGUUUACAAAACAGACCGGGACAGCAUCUCGCAGAGCGACACCGGCUACCUGCCGGCGCGAGUGAUCCCGACGUCCAUAGAGGAGAUCAUCGCCUCACUGCAGUCAGAGGCCCAGCUGGCCACUGACCAGACCAUCAAAGAGCUCAUACAGAGUGUCCUCGGCCAGAACUACGACAUCAAAAUGGAAGUAGGUGAAGCGGAAUGGAUAAUGGCAACUGAAAUGGCAAAUGUUAUUCAGUUUACCCCUGGACACCUGGCUUCAUGGCAAAGUCUGCUCGAAGAAAUUCCCGAAGCUGUAUCAAACGUUUUUCAGAUUGAACAAGAGGAUACGUCAGAAUGGGGAGCCUCAGAAGCAGGCAGCAUGGUAUUUAAACCUCAGGAAAUUUCAGAAGUUCAGCGAGCAGAGGAAUCACGUAAACUUUCGGGAGAUGAACAGCCCACAGGUGACUCAAAAGCAGCCAAGCGGAUGUCUCUAAAGGUGUCAUCAUCGGAAUUCUUGCAAAUCAAAGGAAAAGAAGUUAAGCGAGUAAGAAAAAGUAAAUUCGGAUUUCAACAACAGAGACCAAGAAAAUCUUUAAAAUCCCCGUGGGAUCAAAAAUUAGCUAAAAAAAUUCCACAAGACUACCCCACCCCUAGCUUUCACGAUCUGUGCACCACUAUCCCAACCCACAGGCUGCCCAUUGACUUGUGCCUGGCUUCUCGGGUGUAUCAUACUGCCGACAAAACAGGCCACAAUACUCUACUGCAAAUACUUGGACCGUCUUUUUCAGAUGAUCACUCUACAGAUGAAGAGCAAAGAGAUAGAUUAUUGUUUGGAAUUCCUGUUAUGGGUGACGACCAAGAAAAUGUUACUAUUCCUUCAACAGUACCAGAGAUACCACCUGUACUGACACAAGGAACUGGACAGCAUACUCGCAAACCACACCUGCAACUCUUGGGAGAGGACGCGUCUGCUUAUUCAGGACUUACGAAGUUAUUUUGGAAUCCAGCUGCACCCAAAUUCUCUGUUCCAGUAUCUGUCAUGAAGGAAACCCUAUACCCAGAAUAUGAGAGAGUAAAAUCUGCAGUUGAAUUGAGGAAGGAGGAGACCACAGCUCACUUAGAUAUCCACGAUGAUGCUCAAAACAAUAUAAAAGGGGUGAUGCUUCAGAGAGCAAAGGAGUUUGAGCGUCAAAUGACUGAGAAAAUGAAGCCUGGGGAACCUGCCACCGUGAAAGGAAGUGUAGAUACCAUCUUAGACGGUUUUCAGAGCAAACACAAUUUAAGACAUCUGUCGCUCUCUCUCAUCGAAGCAUCUAGACAAGCUGGCAUUAGUUACAUUAUUUAUCCCAAGAAAAAGAAGACAAAUGGGAAGAAACGUUUGAGCCUUGACAGACUUGCAGUCGUGUAUGAAGAGUUAUCCCAGCCUCCAAGAAUUCUUAAAAGAUCAUUGUCUCAUGGAAUGCUUCGUGAACAGAAGAAAUAUCUGCUCAAAGUUCCCUUGUAUGAACGUCAAAUUCGGUGUCCCAGCCUACCUUCAUGUUUAGAUUUUGAAGAAUUUGUCGAGAGUAAGGGAGGAAUUCCAGGAAAUACUGAUGUUCGAACAUGGGCAAUUAAUAUGUGGAUGAAGCAUAGACCUCAGCCUAAAGCCGCACAAAAGAAGGUUGUUAAAGUAUCUCUCUUAAAAGACAAGCCUGAAGAGAAAGCACCUCUAAAAAUAGAAUUAAGUGAUUCUUUGGAGUCUGAUCUUCCUCCAGAGGUCAUUAAAUAUUAUGAAUCUGAAGUGGAGAUUUUGACUGAAGAAAUAAAUAAUAAGAAAACAUUUUCUGCAUUUUCAUAUUGUAGACGUGGAGCUAUUUAUAGGAAACUGGGCAAGUUAAAGAGUGCCUUGAGUGAUCUACAGGAAGCUAUAUCCUUGGAGCCAUUGUUUCUCAAUGCCUAUUGGCACCGACAUUUCAUUUAUCUUUUCCAAGACAAAAUUAAUGAAGCUUUGGAUGACUUGAAUUUUAUAAAUAAAUAUAAUAAAAAUAAUGCAGAGGCAUAUUUGUCAAAGGCUGAAAUUUUCAGGCGGAAAAAUGACAUUACUUUGGCAAUUCUAAACUAUACCCAGGCAAUUAAAUGCAAGCCCACAGUCGCUGAUACGUAUUUCAGGAGGGGUGAGAUGUACGAAAUAUCAAACCAGGUGUUGGCCAUUGAUGACUUUUCUAAAUGUAUUUUUUAUGAUCCCAAAAGAGCAGAUGCACUAAUGAAACGUGGGAUGUUUUACUAUGAAAAUGAAAACUGGAUUGCAGCCAUACAGGAUUUUACAGCCUUGUUAAAUAUAGACCACCAAAAUUACCAUGCAUGGACAUACCGAGGUAGAGCAUAUUUUAAACGACACUUUUAUAAACAAGCAACUCAAGACCUUUCUGCUGCAAUUCACUUAAAUCCUAAUAACUGGUUAGCACUGUAUUAUCGUGGCUGCUUAUUUAGAAAGACUAACCCUUUGAGAGCACUACAGGAUUAUAGCAUUUCAGUUCUCAUAAACGAUGGCUAUGAAAAUCUAAGUUCUUUUCUACAUCGGGGCAUACUCUAUGCAGAACAAAAACAGUGGUUCCUGGCAAUUCGUGACUUUGAAACUGUUAUUUCUCUAGAAAGAACUGUUUCUUUGGCUUAUAUAAAUAUUGGCCUCAUACAUCUGCUACACCUGGAUAACUAUGUUGAAGCCAUCUGGCAGUUUUCGGAGGCUAUUAGAAUUGAUCCUUUAUAUAUUCAAAGCUAUAUUUGUCGAGCAGAAGCCUAUCAGAAGUUGCAUAAAUUGAAAAACUCAGUAAGAGAUUUAUCUUGUGCUAUCCAUCUUCAGCCAGAUGGAAUCCAAUUAUAUAUAAUAAGAGGACAAUAUCUUCUUGCAAUGAGACAAUUUGAUCUUGCAAAGUUCACAAUUUAUCAAGUAGCAGAAAUGAACAAAGGUCUCAUUGAGUUGAGUCCUGUACAGCAAGCACUCAUUUAUUCAUUUUGUGAAAACCACGACAAAGCCAUUCAGGUCUUACACGCAAUCACUUUGAGUAAACCCGAGAUAACUGUGUAUGCUCUAUUAGCGAAAGCCCAAAUGAAGGCCAAGAGAAACAAGGAAGCUGUGAGAACGUUUAAAAAGGCAUUGGAUGUCUUUGCUCAUUCCGAUAAAGGACCAAAUGCUGUAGUGGCUUCAGCAGACUGUCUGUAUCACUUGGGCCUUUGUUACAUGGAAGAAGGCAGUUUACAAACGGCUUUUGAUUCUUUUACAAAAGCUGUCAAAACAAAUCCUGAUUUUGCAGAAGGCUUUUAUCAACGAGGUCUUUGUAAAGUAAAACUUCGAAGGGAUAACUCGAUCCUGGAUUUUAAUCGUGCAAUUACCCUCAAUCCAAAGCAUUACCAGGCAUAUUUGAGCCGGGUAGCCUACUAUGGAUUGAAAGGCAGAUACUCCAAAGCAAUCUUGAAUUGUAACGAGGCCAUCAAAAUUUACCCUGAGAGUGUGCGUGCUUACCUCUACAGAGGAGUUCUGAAAUACUAUAACAAGGCAUAUAAGCUAGCAAUUAGAGAUUUAACUAUAGCUAUCAACAUGGACAAAAACAGUUAUGUAGCAUUUUAUAACAGAGCAAUAUGUUACACCAAAAUAAAUGAACUUCAAAUGGCAUUAACAGAUUAUGGAGUCGUACUUCUUCUUGAUGCUGGAGAAACUGUAACGUUAAAUACCUACAUUAACCGUGGACGCAUCUAUGCAGAACUAGAGCAGCAUGGCUUUGCAUUAGAGGAUUUUAAACAAGCUGCAGUGAUAAGCCAAACUAACGUGAGCCUUUGCCAUGCAACUGCUAUGUGUCAUCACAGAAUUAAAGAGUUUGAAGAUGCUGUCAAUUUCUUCACCUGGGCUCUUAAAAUUAAUUCAAGUUUUGUGGACGCCUAUGUUGGACGGGGAAAUGCUUACAUGGAAUACGGUCAUGAGGAAGCCACCAGGCAAGCACAGAAGGACUUUCUGAGAGCUUUGCAUCUUAAUCCAAUUUACACAAAAGCCAGAAUUAGUUUCAGCUAUAAUUUGCAGGCCCAAGGAAAAUUCCAGAAAGCUUGGAAUCACUUUACCAUUGCUUUGGAAAUUGAUCCAAAGAGCUACAUAGCCUAUGAAGGAAGAGCUGUGGUCUGUCUUCAGAUGAGUAAUAAUUUUGCUGCAAUUCAGGAUAUCAAUGCUGCCAUAAAGAUCAAUACUACAGCAGAAUUCUUAACAAAUCGUGGUGUGAUUCAUGAGUUUAUGGGUCAACAACAGAAUGCAAUGAAAGACUAUCAAGCAGCAAUUUCUCUAAACCCCAUGUACUCGCUGGCUUACUUUAAUGCAGGAAAUAUCUACUUUCACCACAGGCAAUUUUCCCAGGCCUGGGACUACUUCUCAAAGGCUUUACAGUAUGAUCCAGAAGAUAAGUGUGCUCUCAUGAAUCGAGCUGUUACAAAUACAAUAUUAAAGAAAUACGAAGAAGCAAAAGAAGAUUUUGCAAAUGUAGUUGAUAGUUGUCCCUUUUGGGCUGCAGUAUAUUUUAACAGAGCAAACUUCUACUGCUGUUUAAAGCAAUAUGAAAUAGCUGAAGCAGAUCUUAGUAAAGCUCUGUCUUUGAAGCCUAAUGACGCUGUGGCGUACAAGCUUAGAGCAGAAGUUCGUGGUAAAAUAGGUUUGAUUGAGGAAGCUAUGGCUGACUAUAACCAAGCACUUGAUCUUCAAGAAUUUGCCUCAGUUGUAUGAUUACAGAAACCAUAGUUUCUGUAGUAGCUUCCACAGCUCCUCUCCCUGAAAUUGAAACAUUUGUUGUUUAAAGAUUGCACUAUCUUCAUUAUUGUAUUCAUUAUGUCUAGUCUUCUACAUGACUCUUUAAUGCAUUAAAACAAAAUAUUGGUUACACAUUAAUUAUAAAACUUUUAGAUCAUUUUCUGCAUAUUUAGAAUACCUCAGUAAUUGAAUUUCUCCACUGUGCAGAAUUUAUGCAGAACAAAAUGUUUCUUAAGGAAUAUUGACAUUUUAAUAUUUUCUUUAAAGUAAAACAAUUUCCUUUGAAAAGAUACUGUGUGAAUGUAGGAAAUGUCU